CUUCUUCAUCCUAUAGUCUUCGUCUUGUUAUUUGCUUCGAAAAUUCUGUAGAUUCUUGUGAGAAAAUCUAUUUGACUUCUCGUUCUUGACUUCUUGUUAUCUCGUCUGGUCUGCUCGGGUUUCUCUUUUGGUCUGACGGGAUCGGAGCCGAUGCUCAAAUUGGUUGAGUUGCCCGUUCUUCACAAAUUCACGCUCUACCGCACUCGCACGAACUAUUACUUGAUUGGGAGAGACGAGAAGAAAACCUUUUGGAGGAUUCUUAAGAUAGAUCGAACCGAGCCAAACGAGUUGAAUUUAUUCGAAGAUCCUACAAGGUAUACGCAUGACGAAAUCACCCAACUUAAGAAAUGGAUUAGUCGAGGGAACCAGAAGUAUGGUGGCCUUAGAGCAGAGACAACUUGCUAUGGACUCAUUGGGUUUGUGAAAUUCUUGGGGCCCUAUUACAUGCUUGUGAUUAAAAGAAGAAAGAAAGUGGGCGAGAUCUGCGGACAUACUGUUUAUGGUGUAGUAGAGAGUCAAAUGAUCAUGAUUCCAUAUCCUUCCAGGAAAACGAUAGAUGCUGAUUCUUCAGCCGAGCGAAAGUACAAGAAGCUCCUAAACAUGGUGGAUCUUAGCAAAGACUUCUACUUCAGCUACACAUAUCACCUCAUGUAUAGCCUCCAAAAGAACAUAUGCAACACUAAGAGAGGAAAAAUUCACGACGAAACCAUGUUCGUGUGGAAUGAAUACUUAACACACGGGAUCAGAAGGAUCCUUCAGAAUACCGUAUGGACAGUUUCACUUGUAUAUGGAUUCUUUCAACAGACUAAAUGUUUAGUAUCUGAUGAACAAUUUAUACUGACUGUCAUUGCUCGUCGUUCACGCCAUUAUGCUGGUACAAGAUAUUUAAGGCGUGGUGUAAAUGAGGAAGGCAGCGUAGCCAAUGAGGUUGAGACAGAGCAGAUUGUUACCAAAGAGGUUCCAGAGGGACAGAAAAUUCCAAUUACAUCAGUCGUGCAGAUGCGAGGCUCCAUACCCCUAUUUUGGUCACAGAAACCAUCUGUGUUCAACCCACAACCCAACAUAAUAUUGAACAACAAGGACCGGAGUUACGUGGCCACUCAACUCCACUUUGAGAAUCUGAAACAGAGAUAUGGAAAGCUUAUAAUCAUCUUGAAUCUUCUAAAAGCAGGAAAGCAUCGGGAAAACAUCUUACGGGAAGAGUUUGAAAAGGCAAUCUUGUUUAUCAACGGAGGCACCAGGAGGGAGAACCAUUUAAUAGCGAACCAUUUUGAUCUAAACAAACACUACAAAAGUGGAGCCGAUCGUGCAUUCGAGCUCUUGUGUGCCGAUGGGAAGGAAGCAUUGGAAUCAAUUAACUUAUUUUUCGGUGAGGCUCCUUCAGGCAUAGGAGCUGAUGGCGUAAUUAACGACAUAUUUUUCAAUAGCCCUAUUCUGAAUCGAGAUGAAGAGGCAACUAGCUCAAAACAAGAAGCUUUGAAGGCAAAUAUAUUCAUGCGUCAAACUGGGGUCUUUAGGUCAAACUGCAUAGACUGCUUGGAUCGUACUAAUGUUGCUCAGUUGGCCCAUGGAUUGGUAGCUCUUGCUCAUCAGCUGCAGAAAUUGGGUAUCAGAGGACCUCCUAUCGUCGAUAAGAACACUCCUUUGGGAAAGAAAUUGAUGGAAGUUUAUGAAAAUAUGGGUGAUGCAAUUGCAAUGCAGUAUGCUGGCUCGGACGCACACAUCAAGAUGUUCAGUGCUCUUAGAGGUGACUGGAACAUAGUAAAGAAGAACCGUGAUAAGAUCAUAGCUUUGCGUCGCCACUUAUACAACACCUUUCAGGACAGCGAAAAGCAGAACGCCAUAAAUGUGUUCUUGGGGAAAUUCAAGCCUCAGUUGGGGAAGCCAGCACUGUGGGAGUUGCGCUCUGACCAGCAAAACACUAUGAGAAAUAGUUCUAACUUGAAUAUCAAUAAUCUGAGGCCAAAUCAUUCAAGAUCCUUUUCCGAUAACCUCAUCUUGGGGAGUUUGGAUCUGAAGGAGCUGGUACAAGAAAAUCAUCAGCCUUCACGUGCAGGGUUAAAUAGUGGCUGGGAAACCACUUCAAACGGUGGCUGGGAAACCACUUCAAACGGUGGCUGGGAAACCACUUCAGAAGUUGGAUUCUGUGAAGCAGAACCAUCUUCUUCAAGAGUCCACUCAGUUAUUCGCGAUGAAGAUAAUUUGAGAAGAAUAGGAUCAAGGCAGAUGUUUCUAGAGGUUGGCUCUACGUCUGAUUCUCACGGGCUCGAAGAUGCACCUGGUCUUUCACACUCAUACAAUGUUACAUUCAUUACGGCAGAGGAAAUGUUUGAACGUUGCAGCUCCACGUCGUCAGACUUAAUUAUUGAGGUAUUUUCUUUCAUUACCAUAUCAGUCUUAAGUAUUGAAGUUACUUGUUAUUACAAGUUGUCAGUUUUGGCAAACAAAGACACUGACUCAGGUGGGGGUUUUUCAUCUUUAUUAGGUUCCUUGAGGUCCAAUUUCCAUCUUUAAGGGCGUCUCAGAUGAUUUCGCUCAGUGGGUGGAAGAAGGAAGAGCAUUGUAAAGGGUGUGGAGAUAAAACUGUGCUAUGCUGAGGAAGUAAACGUUGGUUACUUGGCAGGUACGGCAGGGUUGGACAGACAUGUUUACAUGAAGCAUACAAUAAUAGCCGCAUCCUUUUUAAAUACCGACUCAGCUUUGUAAAAGGUCCUCGUUUGUUGUUUCUCUUUUUUUUUUUCCUACCGAAAUUGAUUUAUAUCUUUGAUUUUUGUUAUAUAGAAAGGGUGUGGUUUGUUUAGUUUUGUAGUCAUUUGUUGCUGCCCAAUGCUCAAAAAAGUGUGAUAAGAAAACGUUGGAAGUAAGAGCAUAUCCAUCUCCAUUGGAGGGGUUUACAACGUAGAGUAUCUCACAAACAAAUAGUUGUAUUUAGGUGAAUGAGUAUCCGGUUUAGGAUAGUUAUCGGUCUUUUUCAUGCCAAUCCGAUUGUGUUAAACGGACUUACUAACUUUGCCUUCAAAUUAGUUGGAAGAGCCUAGCUUAGGUCUUGAUUAGUUGAGCAUUAGUAGAAGUAUUAUCUCUACAUUAUCCAAUCAACAUUUGUUAUAAGAGUAUUUACCAAAUAUUAAUGCUUUACGGAUGUUCUUUGACCAAUACUCUCAUAUUAAGAUUUUGUUAGAGCAUUUACAUUUAUAAUUCAUAAAAUUAAGAAAAAAUAUAAUUAAUUAAAGCAUUUUAUUUAGUAAUAUCAUAAAAUUAUUUUUAUAUCCAGAAAAUAAAAUUUACAUUUUAAAAUAAAUUUACAAUAAAUUAAAUAUAUAUAUAUAUAUAUAUAUCAUAUUUAAAAUAUAAACAGUUUAAUAAGAAUAUAUAUUUUCUAUAGCAUAUUGUUUUUAUAGUAUAGUGUUAAUAUUUUAUCAUCCGCUAGGCCAAUCAAGGCCAAAGUCAUUGAUCAGGAAAAACAUGAUGUGAUUUAUAUUAUCCAAAUCCAAUCGAGGUAAGUCGGUUCAACACAACCGGGUUGGCAUGAGAAAGACUGAUACUUUUCUCAACCGGAUGAUUGCUUCUUCGGUGAAUCAAACCAGUACUGUAGCAAGUCUAAAUCGGCCAUUACCCAUUUAUUGCUGUCAAACAAAGAAAAACAUAUAUACCUCGUGAUGAAUUUAUAAAAUUGAAAAUUGUUUUGUCUUUGAUUAUUUUCCUAACAAUUGGGGUUUUCAGUUUUGUCAAUGCUAAUGAUUAUGGAAUGAAUCAAGGUUUACAUGAUGUGAUGCCAGUCUUUGUUUUUUAUUUUUUCUGCAGCCAAAGUCAUCUUUAUUACAAAAAUAAAGCAACUCGUUUAAAUAUUGACUUUUUGUUUUCAUUUUUAAGUCUUCGUAAAUUAGUCCAACAAUAAUACCAGCUGGCAUGGUUAGAGACGAUAGGAGCCGGGUCUGUAGACAUUCAUCUGAAACAUUUAAAUGAAGUUCCCACUUCUUUUUGUAAACUGAGUUUAUGGAGCUCCCACUUUAUAGGAGACAAGGAGUUAUAUUAAAAUAAUAUUAUUAUAUAUGUAUGAUGUGUAUUUUUGGUAAAAGCCUACAAAUAUUAAUUGCCAAACUAACAAAAAAUGGAUAAAGAAUUUGUUUAUGAAAAUAUAAAAAACAUUGAAUAAAUUAUAUAUUGUUAUGGUUUUAAAAUAAACAAAUAGUAUGCUGUGAAGUUAGGAUUUUUAUUUUGAAUAGGACCCAUAAAAUUGUAGGGGAGGUUCUGGUUCUAGAAAGGCGUCUCUAGAUGUUAAAGAAGGCAUUGCGAAUCUAUCAUCAUCGGUCGGACAUCAUAUAACAUGAGGUAACUUAAAAAAAAAAAAAAAAAAAAAACUUUUUUAAAAAUGAACGGAACUUGUAUAUUGAUAUCAUCUUCAGUUCUAGUAACCAAGAUAAUAGUUUUUGCUGUACGUCUCAUUUAUAUUACAACUAGGUACCGUGCAUGACAUAUAAAUAUUCACGUUGUAAAAAAAAAGACAUAUAAAUAUUCACAAAUUAAUAUAUUACUAUUAUAGGCAUUCUUAUUUUAAUGUUAAUUAUUUUGUAAUUUAGAUGUAUGAUAUAUUUUAAGUAAUAUUAUAUUAUUUUAGUUUGACAUGUAAUUUGGAUUUAUAAUAUUUAAUAAAUUUGGUUAUUACUUAGACAUAUCGAAUUGUAUUUAUUUCUUCAAGUUUAACUAUAGUAUUUUGGCCCUAGUAUUUUUUUGUGCUGAAAUAGAUUCAUAUUUUGAUUAAUUUUGUUCUUUUUUGGGAAUUAGACUUUUGAUUUUGGGCAUGAAAUUUAGAUUAUUGAAGUUACUAAUUUGUGGAUUAUAUUGAAUUAUACAUAGUUCUUUAAAUCGAAUCACAAUUAGUCUUGAUUCUAGUUAAACUAAAUUUGAUUAGGUUUAUUUCAUGCAUUAGUUUAGUUCUUCGUCUUAAAUGUGUAAACAUACUUUCAUAAAUUCUUUUGUAAAAUUGAUAUUUGUGGAAUUGUACAAAUAGUAGAACAAAUUGAAAUGGUGAUAAGUAUGAAUUUUUAUAAACAAACAUUACCGAUAAAAUUUUGAAAACUUAUGAACGAAUAUCAAUAAAAUUUUAAGUAACUUUAUACUUUAGAUGUACAAAAUAUAAAUUAAAAAUAUUCUAAAUAAUCUUAACCAUAAAAACUCAUAUUGGUUUAUGUAUUCUUAUUAUAGGUAUAUUAUGUUGUAUAAAUAUACAAAAUUUAAAAUUAUAUUAAGCCUUAAAGAAUUUUUAGUGAUAUAUUAGGUUUGAUUAAAGUUUAUUAUUUUUUCUAAAUUUAUUUUCAUAAAUAUUACAUAUAAAAUAUUCAAUCAAGAUUAAAAUUUAACAAAAAUAUAUUAUGCAAAAAUGAAUAAACAUUUUAAUAGUAGCAUAUAUCAAACAUGUGUAGUUCAUCAAUGAUAAAAAUAAGAUAUUUUUAUUAUUUU